AUGCCACCGGCUUCAAGGGGUUGGAAUUUCUUGACGUUGACGUGGAGGCAAAGUUAUAGUUUCCCUAGGAUCGUUCGUUAUGCGACGACGGUAGCACCUAUUCCCCCGGCGCCGCUCAAAAUCCGUCUUCGACAAUACCAGGAAGAAUGUAUACAAGCGGUGCUCGCCAGCAUCGAAGAGGGCCGUAAGCGUUUGGGAGUCUCACUGGCUACUGGUAGUGGAAAAACCGUCAUCUUCACUCAGCUUAUCGACCGGGUCAAACGACGAAAUAAAGAUGCGGACCAGACUCUGAUUCUUGCGCAUCGUUCGGAACUCGUUGAGCAGGCCGCUCGUCACUGUAUGAACGCCUACCCCUCGAAACGCGUCGAAAUCGAAAUGGCGGCGAAUAAAGCAAGUGGAUACGCAGAUAUCACUGUCGCAAGCAUACAAAGUCUGAUGUCUGGGGAUCGUAUCACAAAAUUUAAUCCACAUCGCUUCAAACUCAUUCUUGUCGACGAGGCCCAUCACAUUGUUGCUCCAAACUACAUGAGAGCUCUUCAGUACUUUGGCCUCGAUAAAGCGCAUCCGGAGAACUCACCAGCACUUGUUGGUGUAUCGGCUACAAUGUCACGCUUCGAUGGACUGAAGCUGGGAACAGCUAUAGAUCAGAUUGUAUACCACAAGGACUAUAUAGACAUGAUCGAGGAAAAGUGGCUGUCUAAUGUAGUUUUCACAACCGUACACACCAAAGUGGACCUAUCGAGUGUCAAAAACGGUGCAAAUGGCGAUUUCCAGCCCAAAGAACUUUCAGACAAGGUGAACAUCGAUUCAGUAAACGAUAUAACUGUCAAGAGUUGGUUGGCGAAGUCGCAAGGAAGAAAGUCCACGCUGGUUUUCUGCUGCGACCUGGCUCAUGUGGAUGGGUUGACCAACGAAUUUCGAAAGCAUGGCAUAGAUGCUCAGUUUGUGACUGGAAAUACACCCAAACCCGAGCGGAGUGCGAGACUUGACGCCUUUAAGAGGGGAGAAUUCCCAGUUCUUGUAAACUGCGGCGUCUUCACCGAAGGUACUGAUAUUCCCAACAUUGACUGCGUAUUAAUGGCGCGCCCGACGAAGUCUCGAAAUUUACUUGUGCAAAUGAUUGGACGUGGCAUGCGCCUACACCCGGGAAAGGAAAAUUGUCAUAUUAUUGACAUGGUAGCAAGUUUGUCCACCGGAAUCAUUUCUACACCUACGUUGUUCGGGCUCGAUCCUAAGGAAAUCGUGGAAGAAGCAUCACCCAGCGAUAUGCACAAGCUGCAGCAGCGUAUGAAAGAAGAAACGGAUGGUGAAAAUUCAGGCGAGCCAACCAAAUCUAAACAACCUGCUAGGAAUAUCUCGAACACGGUUACCUUUACCGACUACGAUUCCAUUUAUGACCUGAUAGGGGAUACUUCUGGGGAUCGUCACAUCAGGCAAAUGUCUUCUUUUGCAUGGGUCAGUGUGACUCCGGACAAGUUCAUUCUGACAAAUUCAAAUGGAUCUUACCUGAGACUGGAGCGUGAUCGAGACGUAGCAACGGAUGAAGACAUGUUUUUGGUUACCGAGACCGCUGCGAUACCCUCCGCGUUUACAGUCAAUUCCCCUUUCCGCAAACCCCGAGAAAUCGUCAGAGCUGCCACCAUUGAAGCGGCUGUUCGUGCUGCAGACACUUAUGCUACAAAGAAAUACCCGUUGCCAGUCAUCUUAAGAAGAGCGCAAUGGCGUACUCGUCCUGCGACAGAAGGCCAGAUCGCCUUUUUGAAUAAGAUCCGGCCACAGAACGCUCAAUUGACGGUCAGCGAAUUAACAAAGGGAGCAGCUGGUGAUAUGAUUACGAAGCUCAAGCACGGCGCUCGAGGUAGAUUUGCGGACCUAGCCGCAGCACGAAAGAAGCAAAGCAGAGCCAAAGAAAAGCUAGAACAACAACAGGCGCUGAAAGAUCGCGAAAAGGUCACCGUUGGCCCUAUGUUGAAUUAA